AUGUCCCGUAUUCACCCACGCUUUUUGUACAAAGGUCCAUCAACUCUUACUUCCUUCAUCGCCCCGCGUCGCUCAUUCCACAGCUCCCCCUUCGUCAUGUCUGAACUCUCAGUGUACCUUACUGCCCCAAAUGGGCGCAAGUACAAUCAGCCCAUCGGUCUCUUCAUCAACAAUGAGUUUGUGGCUUCUAAGUCUGGCGAGAAGCUUGCUUCUGUGAACCCUUCCGAUGAAUCUGAGAUCACGUCAGUGUAUGCUGGCGGUGAGGAGGAUGUUGAUAUCGCCGUCCAGGCCGCUCGCAAGGCCCUCAAGGACCCCUCCUGGAAGCUACUGCCCGCCACUGAGCGUGGUGUCUUGAUUUCCAGGUUGGCGGACUUGAUUGAGCAGCACAAGGAGACUCUGGCCACCAUCGAGACUUGGGAUAAUGGCAAGCCGUAUCAGGUCUCUUUGAAUGACGAUAUCGGUGAGGUCACCAACACUCUCCGCUACUAUGCUGGCUGGGCCGACAAGGUGUAUGGCCAGACCAUUGGUACUACCCCGGCCAAAUUCGCCUACACCCUCCGCCAGCCUAUUGGCGUUAUUGGCCAGAUCAUCCCUUGGAACUACCCCCUAGCCAUGGCAGCAUGGAAGUUGGGCCCCGCGCUUGCGUGCGGUAACACUAUCUCUUAUCAAGGAGGCCGGUUUCCCCCCGGUGUUAUUAACGUUGUCAACGGCCAUGGUCGUGUUGCUGGUGGUGCGUUGGUCACCCACCCCGGUGUCGAUAAGGUCGCCUUCACUGGUUCCACCAUCACCGGCCGUGAGAUCAUGAAGAUGGCCGCAGGCACCCUGAAGAACGUUACCCUUGAGACUGGCGGCAAGUCGCCACUGGUCGUCUUUGAGGAUGCGGACCUCGAGCAGGCCGCCAAGUGGGCACACACUGGUAUCAUGUACAACCAGGGUCAGGUCUGCACUGCGACAUCACGAAUCCUUGUGCAGGGAUCUGUAUACAACAAAUUCGUUGAGCUUUUCAAGCACACCGUCCACACCACCAGCAAGGUCGGCGACCCCUUCCACGAUGACACCUUCCAGGGCCCUCAGAUCACCAAGGCCCAGUAUGACCGGGUCCUUGAAUACAUCGAAGCCGGCAAGGCUGAGGGUGCCACGCUCGUUUCCGGCGGCGUGGCGCACAAGAACGUCGGUGAUGGACGUGGUUUCUUCGUCGAGCCCACUAUUUUCACCAACGUCACGGACUCGAUGCGCAUCUCCCGCGAGGAGGUGUUCGGUCCCUUCGUUACUAUCGCCAGCUUCACCACCGAGGAAGAGGCCGUCAGCCGUGCUAACGACACCACAUACGGCCUCGGCGCCGCAGUCUUUACUCGGGACAUUGAGCGCGCCCACCGUGUUGCCGCCGAUAUCGAGGCUGGUAUGGUCUGGAUCAACAGCAGCAACGACAGUGAUUUCCGCGUGCCGUUCGGUGGUGUCAAGCAGAGUGGUAUCGGUCGCGAGCUCGGCGAGGCUGGCUUGGACGCGUACUCGCAGAUCAAGGCUGUGCAUGUGAACAUGGGCACCAAGUUGUAA